AGUGCAUAUUCUGCAGUGUAUGAAGGGUCAUACACGUUUGGGUUUCAGAAGACAUAGACGCGGGAUUAUAAGUUUAACAACACUUAUUUUGGCGUAUUCUAUGUAUAUCAAUGAGGUUAUAGGGUUACCUACUGAUACUUCCUCAAACACAUGGCCGACUUUUCCACGAAGAAAUGUAGCAGCCUUGGCUAGGGACGGAUAUUUGAGAAGUGCAGCUUCUGGUUACAAAAGAAGUAUCUCAACAUUGGCAAAAAACGGUCAGCUUCCGACCUUUAGAUCACCCUACGACGAAACAGAUAAGCAAGAACAAGAUGAAGACGUUUCUCACGAUAAAAGGAAUUUGGCUUCCAUCGCGCGACUCCGCAGCUACUCAGCUAUGAAAAGAAACAUACAGUCUUUGGCAAGAGAUGGCUAUCGUUUCGGAAGAGGACAAUAUAAUCAGCCAAACGACAAACGCAAUAUCCAAGCCUUAGCCCGUAAUGGAUUGAUUCAUAAAAAAGACGAAAUUGUUGGUGAUGAAUAUUAUUAUCCAUUCUAUCAAAAUCCCGUACCGCCACUGUCAGAAAUGGAUGGCCCGUUUGACAUCAAUGAAAUGUACGAUUUCCAACAAUCGAUAAACCCCGAUAUGCUGCCGCCACUCUCUCAAGUCUUCAAACGAAGCGAUGUCGGAUUUCCACCAGGUUUUGUUUCAAAAAUGGACUACGAUGAUAAUUGGAAUCUUAAAAGAGGUUCAAUGGGGUUGCCAGUACAUGGUCUCUUUAGACCAAUUUAUAUCGACUCCGCUGGUAAUACUAGAAGCAGGCGAUCCAUAUAUUCUAUUCCUGAUGUGCUCGACCGUAAUGAUAUUGAUAUUCCAGAAGAUUACGAUAAUGAAAAUGAAGAUAAACGAUCUGUAGAUGAUGAGGAUAUAGCGCGUGAAAAUUUUGAAAAACGUCAUAUUGGGUCGUUGGCCCGGUUAGGUUUAUUGCCCUCAUUUAGAUUUUCUGGUGGCCGAUACAGUAGGUCUGGAAGAGCCAGAUUGUUAUUGCCUAGUCAGGAAUUAUACAGGAAGCAUUCCCCUGACGAGAAUUUCGGGAUUAGGGAAUAUUUCUCUGAUGACGAAGCUAGCACAUCCUUCGAUUCAGACGACUCCGACCUACCGUCGCCGCCAGUACUUGCUAACUCGCACCCGACCGGCCGGUACCUCCACCGACCACUGAACAACGAUCUACCGAACAUGCCGCUUCCCCAGUCUCCUUUAUCUCUGAAAAAUUCUGAUACAUUUGCCAAAAACCGCUGGCAGAGCAAAGAUAAACCUAAGUUUUAUUACUUCAGGUCAUUAAAAGUCCCUUAUCACUCUUCAGGAAAGCGGUAUUUGGUGCUUCCAGCCGUCGAUAAUAUUCUUCUUGGGAAGAAUUACCGCAACAGCAGUCUACCAAGUCGUCGUAAGAACCAGUAGCUAUGCCAUUGUAAGCUGAGUGAUAGAAAAUUACUCGGCUUGGUCGAAGCUAAACCAUAAUAAAAUUAAAAUAUGUUGUAUAAUUUGAUUUUUUUGAAUUAUGUCUUUUUUCUCGGUAUUUAAGCUUCGACCUAAUCCACAGACAACUAUGGCAUAGCACUGGUAACAGAUACAUAAUUAUAUGAGUUUUAACUGUGGGAUCAUGUUUAUUGAAAUUCUGACAAUAAAUUUAGUCAUUAAAUUGUAUUGAAAUUUAUCAAUGGUAGGCUAGCGGUUAUGGCAACUUCGGAUAUACUUAAGAUGACGACAAUGGCUCGAUCGUGACUACCAGAUGCAUACUAACGACUUUAAUUCUAGAUAAGUUUUAAGGUUACAUUGCCAAUCGCAAAUUACGUGUCUAAAUUGAAUAUUGUAGAUACAAAUUUAAAAAAUAUUAGUCAAACUAAAAAAAAAUAUUAGAUACGUGUUUAAAAUUUUUAUCUGAAAAUGUUCUUACAAUAAUUUUUUUAAAUAAUAUUAAAUUCCCUUGUAUAUUACGAGUUGUGAUAAUUCCUACAUUCAAUGUUUAACAUAUCGAAAAUGGUCUCUUUCCUGACUAGAAUUACGAGUAGCUGUGUUUGACAAAUAAACAGUUUGAUUAUUUUGUGAAUUUUCAUGUCACGUUUUAAGCUUUGAGCUUUAAUGUCAUUAUUAAUAAAUAUAUUUAAUUCUUAUCUUGGACAAUAAGCAAGCAAUUUUCGGUGACCACAUAAAGAUAAUAAAUUUUGAAAAUGUACUGUAGUCUUCUUUCCAUUGUCUUUUUUAGAUAUUAUUGAUGUAUUUUUAAGAUUGUAGGUAACUAUUUAAUCAACUAGAGCCCUAUUUAUUGUAAAUAAAUGAAUACAGUCAAUA